AUGUCUUGGGUAUUAGGAAAGAAUGCAAAGGGAUCCGAUACACAGUGUAUACAUGACGAAUUUAUCAAUCAGGCAGUAUUAUAUCCACAAAAGACCGCUGUUAUAUUGAAUGACAAAUCGUUGACCUAUGCUGAAGUUUUGUGCAUGGUACGAAAGUUAUCAGUAUAUUUAAUAGAAGAGUGUAAUGUCAAAAGGGGUGAUGUUAUUUGUCAGUGCGUGGAGAGAAGUAUCGAAAUGGUUAUUGGAAUUUUUGCAAUAAUGGCUAGCGGAUGUGUCUAUUGCCCAUUAAAUCCAGCUGAUCCAUCCUUGCGUUUGAGAUCGCUGAUAAACGAUAUCCAUGCGACUAUCGUUAUUUUUCACUCACAAACAAAAAGGAAAUUUGAUUGUAUGAGUAGAUUUAAUCUUCUAUUAGUAAACUCAGAGCAAAUUAUCGCACUUGAUUAUGACUUAAAGCAACAGUCACUCGCACUGCCGGUAAGAGAUGUGCACGUAACCAAGGAUGAUAUUGCAUAUUGUAUUUAUACUUCUGGAUCAACUGGGAAACCAAAGGCUGUGUUAAUUCAACAUCAAAACCUUGCAGUCUGGAUUCGUUCCUUACUUUAUUGUUCUAUACAAAAGCCAACAGAUAUAACUGCUCAAAUUGCAGGGUGUUCUUGGAUUUUACAUGCAUAUGAAAUAAUUGGAUCUUUAACAACUGGUGCUACUUUAGUCAUGUUGAAACCUGGUGGUAAUAUGGACGUAGAUUAUUUGAGUAAAACUAUUGAAAGUGAACAAGUGACAACUAUGUGGUUGGGUCCUUCGAUGGUGAAAAGGCUUUGUGAGUUUUUACAAGAAACGAAACAGUGUUAUCGGCUAAAAACAGUUCAAAGUUUUUGUACGGCUGGUAAGAUACAUUUUGAGUCUUGUUGCGUACAAGUAACCUUUGUCAUUCUGAUUCCUGUUGCUCUCUACUGUGUUGAGGAUUCAGAACUGAUGAUUACAUCGUUCUCUGUUCCAAUGUCUUUGUCUUUCGCAACUGAUAACGCCUACCGAAAGUCUGAAGCAGGUAAUACUUAAUGACUAGACCACUGCAGAGACCGAUUCCCGUGUAAUUUUGUGACCUGCAGCGGUAGCCAUGUGCAUUAUAACAGUAUUUUUUUGACUCGUUUUAGCAGUUGAACCUUCCUUUUUGUGUCUCACUUGUUUCUCAGAUUCGAUGUAUAACCCUCGUUUGCACGAUUCUCGAUCAGGGAGGGCAGGGAGAAGGUGCCGACCCCUCCCUAAAAACAUUUUUGGACUUUCUGGCAAAAUCUUUGACGUUUUUUCAACUUUCUGUUAAAAUUUUCGAAAAUCUUUUUUCGUCAGCCACUUUCUGCGAAGCAAAACUUUUAGCACUUCCCAUCCCUAAGAACAACCAGAAACCCUGUUCUUUAGACUGAGAAUGCUUGAUGAAGAAUUAGUUGACUCAUUUGAUAACUCCUAUCAAGUUAAUCCGGCGGCUUCAACGAACUAGAAUGUCUCAUGCGAUGCUAAUUAUUAUUUUCCAUCAAUCUGUUACUCCUGCAUCCAUUAAGUUUCACAGAAACGCAUUCUCGUCUGAUUAUACGCAAAGUCGGUGAAAACUUUUUUAUAUUAUUAUUCAUAUCAUUUUGAUAAUAUUCCUUAGUUGUGCUUCUGGUUAAAACAUGAAUUCAUAACCCUUUGCGUUGUCGAGUAAAAUGUUUUGAGUUUUUAAACAAAGAAUUAGAUCAGUAUAAGAAGUUACGCAAAAAAUAAUUCUCCAGUCUGUCAGUUGUACCUUCGCUCACACUAAGUACAGAAAAUAUUUUGAACCAAAACUGGAGGUUGACAACUCAGAAAUGAAUGAGUGACCCAGAAUAAAUGUCCCAUUUAGGGACAGUUAUUACUUAUCAUAUUUCCAUUCAGUUAGUUUACGUCUAUUCUCAGAGAAGCCGUCAAAGUUACGAUCGAACGAAUCGGAUCAAACGAAUUAAUCAGAUUAUUCGGAGCAACAGAAUAAUGUAAAGUGCUUCUCUGUGAUGUUUGUAUAACAGAGAAAAUAUAUGAAAUCUAUCGUUUCUUCUCCAUUUUUUCGAAUUAUCCUGUCUUCAUAAAUCCGGUUUCACAAAUCACAAUUUUAUGAAACUUUUUACAACUUUCAUAAAAUUUUUCAUUUUUAUGUAACUUGUGGGUUAAAAAAAUCAACAUCUAGGUUUCCUAAAUUUUAUGAAACUUGGAAACAAGUUUCAUAAAUGUGUGAUUUAUGUUGUUUUAGGUUUAAUUAAUUGGUUCCUAACUAAUUGUAGUAUUAAUAUGUCACAUAGAGACAUAUAAUAUUAUAUAAUUGGUAUAUAUGUCACGUAGAGAUGUGUGCUUGUGACGUUUUAAUUGAAAAUAAUGAUUUAUUUAAUUAAAAACAGUAUCAAUGUGUCUCAAGGUGCUGUGUGAGGCUUGUAGAGACACAGUGACUCAACCAAAUAGAGAUGCUAUUAUCUCAUAGACUAGUCUAUGUCUCUAAGUAACUCAUACCUAUCUUAUUUGAAUCAGUACUGAUUCAAAUAAAAAUAUGGAAUUUUAUUCUAAAACUGUAUAUACAAGUCUCUCAGUGAGAUGUGAGUCUCUCAGAGACAUAUGUUUACUCGCACAAGAAUCGGUAUUUAUAUUCCAACAGGGCUAUGUAUAAGUCUCUAAGAGGGACAUAAGCCUUCAAGAGCGUCUUUUAGAGACAUGUUCAAACUUUAAAGGAAUAAAAAGUUGUCUUUAUUGGGAAAGUGUGGAAGGUAAAUUAAAGGGUGUAUUAGAAAAACGUGUUUUGUAAUCGUAAAAAUUUUUUGAAUAGUAAUAAACGUUAGUAUAGUUGUUAGUUUAAAGUGCGACUGUCAUUGUGUGCCUACUUUCUUAAAUUGGGGAGUUUGUAUAUUAACCCGUUCAUUCCCGAUUUCCGUUUAAGCAGACAUGAGUUCAAAUGCUUAUAACUUUUCAACAAAGAAAGCUAGAGACUUGCGGUUUUCAGAUUCUAAAACUAGACACUUUGGGACGUAAAUCUAUGAAAACGUCAGGACUCCUGAUAAGGUUUACUAUGGUGUACUAUUCGAGAUAAAAUCCGAAAGCAUACCGUUCCCAAAUCACACUAUGAAAUUCAUCUCAAAUAAUACCAGCCGAUAGCCAGGACAUCACUUCUCAAAACUAAGCAAGGCCUAGACCUUCGUCUCCUUUGGUUCCGGACACACAGAGGUUUUCCGAGGACACACCUGUCUGAUUCCAGACACGUCUGGAAAUCUAAAAAACCCAUGCAUCAUAGGUAAUCGACCACGAUGAUCAUCGUGGCGAUGUUUGUUUCAUUCUCCACUGAACCACAACCUCAACAAAGCCACACUGGUGAAAAUUCGGUUUUUUGCCCCUUACGGUCGAAAAUCAAAAACCGUACAUUGCACUCAUUUCUCAUUCAAAUAGACUUAAAUUUUCAGGAAAUGAUUAGCAGAGAUCAUAGAACGUCUUACUAGUCGAAAAAUUACAUAAGAUUUUCAAUUGAUCCGUGCUGCUUUUUAGCGGAUCUCUGAUAAACCUCCCACACAACCAAAGUUCAGAUCCAAUGUUUUGGAUCAGUUCCACAUUCUAUAACCUCUGCUAAUCAUUUCCUGAAAAUUUAAGUCUAUUUGAAUGAGAAAUGAGUGCAAUGUACGGUUUUUGAUUUUCGACCGUAAGGGGCAAAAAACCGA